GGCCAGGUGACUUCGGCCAGCCAAUCAGCAAUCAGCGGUCAUCUGCGCGGACCGGAAUUGUCGCCUGGUUACGGGAGCUCUAUGGUCGGGGAGAGCUAGCCGGCUAGCAGCUACUCUCAACCCUUUCUCUCUUUGUCACGGUAUUCAUAUCUACCGUCAGCUCUUUCAGAAGUACAUUUACCUGGAUUUGGAGGAACAUGAAGGUGCAAAGAAGAGACAGUCACGAAUGGUGAAGAUAGAAUGCAGAGUUCUCAACUUGUUUUCUGUUCACUUAUUGAAAGCUGCACAUUUAUGGCGUUUGUCAGUGUGAGUGGAGACUUCUGCCAGGCACAGCACCUGGUCAUUGUAGACAAGUGAACAGAGGGCCUGCCAUAUGAAGAUUACACUACCUGACUGCCCGUCUUAAAUUCUGCACUAUCGGGGAGCAUCUUUUUUUUCUUGUCCAGAGUUAAAGUUUAUGAAUCGGUUUGAGCCAAUCCAGGUACUAGAGCGAAGCGUUUUUUCUCUUUAGUGCCAACUGAUCAUCUCUCCUCUCCUGAAUGGGGUAAUUAUAAAUUGCGAAUCAGAAGGAUAGUCCCCUUCUUUUAGUUUUUUUUUUAAAGCUGUUGGAGCGUGAAAGUGGUCUCCUUCUCCUGUAUCCCCCUUUUUUUUUUUAGAACAAUUAGAGAUUUGCCUCAAAGUUAAAUUGCUUUGAUAUUUUAAAUUAUUAUUUCUAUAGCCCUGUAGACCAUUCAGAAGUUUUCUUAUCAUCAAGUCCAAUUAAAACUUCAUUUGAGUGUCAAAAUGAAUCGCCCAGCCCCUGUUGAGAUCACCUACGAAUGCAUGAGGUUUCUCAUCACCCACAAUCCCACCAAUUCACAGCUGGCCAAGUUUACAGAGGAACUGAAGAGUUUUGGAGUGCAGACGCUUGUCCGGGUUUGUGAUGCAACUUAUGAAAAAACACCAGUGGAAAAAGAAGGCAUUGAAGUUUUGGAUUGGCCUUUUGAUGAUGGUUGUUCGCCCCCUGAUCAAAUUGUUGAUGACUGGUUGAACCUUCUCAAAUGUAAAUUUAAAGAUGAACCAGGCUGUUGCAUUGCAGUACAUUGCGUUGCUGGAUUAGGACGAGCUCCUGUCUUGGUGGCCAUAGCCUUAAUUGAAUGCGGGAUGAUGUACGAAGAUGCUGUCGAGUAUAUUCGUGAGAAAAGGCGUGGGGCAUUUAACGCCAAACAGCUUAUGUACCUUGAAAAAUACAAACCCAAGAUGCGCCUGCGCUUCAAGGAUGCCAACGGUCAAAACUGCUGCAUUCAGUAAAUAAACAUUCAUCCAAAGGA